AUGGACAGGCGAACGGCCGAAAGUCCAAUGGACUUUGAAUGGCAAUCCAGAGGCCCCGUCGAUCCCAACUCUCCCUUCAAUCUAGGGACACACGACAAGAAACGUUCGUAUUACACCGGGGAUGGUUCGAGCGAUGUCAUCUCACAGAUCAAUCCCUCUGACAAGCCCCCAGGAACACACAGUGUAUUCGAUUCUCCCGGGAAACCACAGCUACCUGCUCUCCGCCAACCAAACUCCCAGCCCUUCCUCUUCACUCAGCCCCGACAGUCCGCACCUCUCUCCCCCAAGGCCAAAUUCGGCCAACCUGCUUUCACGACACCGCGGAAAUUCGACAUCGAUUUCUCUUCUGGCCCGGAGAACAUGUCAUCACCUGAAUGCGCAGACAAUGAAGAUACACCCGAUCAGCCCUCCAAAACAGGGAAGGCAAGCUCACAUUUCAGCUUCCUUGGCCGGUCCAGUCCAGGGCGAGGGGGAAUCCCCCGAUUGACCCACCACUCCAACGCUAUUCAGAAUAGGGUACAGAAGCGUCGGAGAAGGGACCAGGAACUAGGCCGAACAGUACGAAUCGAAAGCGACGAAGAGAGCGAGCUAGACCAGCCCAACAGCAGGGAAAACAAGGCCGGGAAAGUCGUGAAGAAAGGAAAGCAACAAGAGACAGAGCUGCAAGGCUCGCGGGUGUCAACCUGGUCCGAAUUUUUCAGCAUGCUCGAGGCACACCCGAAUGUCCCCGCCAUCUUGUCAUGGUGGGCCCAGCUCGUGGUCAACUUGUCGCUGUUCUCUCUGGCCGUGUACGUCGUGUUCGGGUUUGUGUCGGCGAUCCGUGGUGAAUUCGAGCAGGCGGCGCAGGAAAUGUCCGAUACCAUUCUGGCCGACAUGGCGGUAUGCACGAAGAGCUACGUGGACAAUGACUGCGGCCGACCUAGUCGGGCCCCGGCUCUUGAGACAAUCUGCGAGAACUGGGAGCGCUGCAUGAAUCGAGACCCGGCGAAGGUUGGCCGUGCCAAGGUCUCGGCGCAUACGAUGGCCAUCAUCAUCAAUAGCUUCAUUGAUCCUAUCAGCUGGAAGGCGAUUCUGUUCUUCCUAGCUACAAUUUCAACAGUCACAGUUGUCAGCAACUGGUCAUUCCGCUCCUUCAGACACCGUCUACAACAACAGCACUACGCACAGCACCCCCCACAACAACAACAACCCAUGCAUCCACAGCUACACCAUAACCCCGCCUUUGGCUACUACGGCCAAGACCCUCGGCAAAACCAGGAGAUGAACUACGGCGAGAAGCAGGACCCGCCAAUGCUGCUUGAGAAUACCAAGUCCAUGGACUUUGUCACCGAGCGCAGUCGUGAUCGUGAGCAGCACCUUCGGACGCCGAGUCCCACCAAGCGCAGGUUUGCAUAG